AUGCCAAUUACUUGGUUAAACAAUGAAUUUGUAGUGCAACUUUUCAACGGACAGUGCAUUAUUGUGCUGAGGAGCAAGAUGCACGAAACACAACGAGGCGUUGAAGUGUUUGUGAAGGGCAUUCCGAGAAAUUUUGGACCGAACGAGUUGGUUCCCGUAUUUUCCUGCGCCGGCCUAAUCCACUCCAUACGCCUGCUGAUGGGGUACGGGCAACGCAACAGGGGCUAUGCAUACGUGAGCUACGUCAAUCCGAGCGGCUUAACGCGCGCCUUACAAUUAUUCCACGGAAUGCACAUUACAGUGAACCAUCAUUUAAAAGUGUUCAGAUGCCGCGAUUCACGAACCUUCUGCAUUUACAACAUUUCAAACUCCCACACGGCAUAUACCGUUACUCAAACGUUAGAACACUUGGUGCACAUGCAAAACUUCAAAUGCCAAGUGCAUUACAGUGGGUCUAUGUUGGUAGCAAGGUUGACGUUUCCAUCGCAUUGUGAUUACGUCCGGGCGUAUAAUAAAAUAUACCACUUUCAGCAUGUUUUCGGAUCAGAAUGUAGACUCAAGCACUGA